CCGGCUAUCAUUUUCCUGCAUAUGAGAGUAAUCAUCGCGAGCUGAGCUCUUUCCCUGAAUGAAUCCAACUAACCCCAGUGGUUGCCUUCUGAAAUGACCAGCAGACACGCCACUGCACGGAGGCUGCCCAAAGGAUAAACUCCGGUUCUAAAGGACCAUGUCCAGCCAAGGAAGUCCUGGUGUGGAGUUUUCUACAACAACUGUCAGUUCAGUAGCUGUGCAGGCUGGGGACUCCAAAAUCAUUAUAGCUGUCCUAAAGUGUGGCAAAUGGGUGCAACUUCAAUUGGCUGAAUCACAGCCAAAUCUUCUAGAAAUUGGUAGCAGUCAAGAUGAAACCAAAAAACUUCUUCAUGAUCAUGAACUUCUUUUGGCGAAGCUCAAGGCUUUGGAAGAUCAAGUAUGGGAACUCUUGCAGGAAGCAGACAAGACAGCUGAAGAGAACAAGGACCAAAGUCAGGUCUACGAUGCCAUGGCCCAAACUCUGGGAGAAGCAUGGGCAGCCCUGGUCUCCAUGCUUGAAAGAAGAAGACAGCUCCUUAGGUUGGCUGCUGAAUUUUUUGAAAAUGCCUUAGAGUUUGCUAUUAAAAUAGACCAAGCUGAAGACUUUCUCCAGAAUACUCAUGAAUUUGGGAGUGCUGAGUCCUUAAAAUCACUUCUUCAGCUUCAUGACCAUCAUACUAAAGAGCUCUUAGAACGAUCUUUAGCCCUUUUAAACAAAAGUCAACAACUCACUGAGUUCAUAGAAAAAUUCAAAUGUGAUGGACCGAAUGUGAAUCCCGAGUUGAUUCAGGAAGCUCAUAGCAGCUGUCUGAAGAUCGACAGCCUCCUUGAACUUCUGCAAGACAGGAGACGGGGAUUAGACAAGUGCCUGAAGCAACAGCAGCAAGAACUGGGUCAGGUUCUGCAGAUGUGCCAGUGGGACCAGCAAGAAAAGCAGGUUACUUGCUGGUUUCAGAAAACCAUAAGAGAUUUGCAGGAACAAAGUCUAGGUUCCUCUCUUUCAGAAAAUGAGGAGCUAAUUCGUAAGCAUGAGGAACUGAUAAUAAAAACAAAGGAAUGGAACUGUGCUGUUGAGAAGCUGAAGAGUGAGGCCCUGGGAAUCCUGCUGUCCAAGGAUCAGAUGGAGAAACAACAUCUACAACUCUCUAACCAGAAACUGAAUCAGCUUCAGGAAGAACUUGCUCAACUCAUGGUGCAAAGGAACACCUGGUUAAAAAAGGCAAAUGAUUUUUUUAACAGUGCUAACAAGGCAUUUAAUGUACUUGGAAGAGUUGAAGCUUACCUUAAGCUCCUUAAAUCAGAGGCUUUAAGUCUGCCCAUCUUGGCAGCGAGGCAUGAGGAAUUACACAGAGAAAUUAAAGACUGCACAGCUGAUGCUUUGCAAAAGGGACAAACCUUAAUCAGCCAACUAGACUCCUGCAGCUCCAGGGUGGCCGGCGUCCUUGAGAUGGUGGGAUGUGUUAGGAGAAGAAUGGAUCACCUGACUCAGCAGUGUUCAGCGCACAAGGAGUUUGCUCUUAAGAGACAGCAACUAACAGCCUCAGUGGAGGGCUGCCUAAGGAAGGUGGGAAUGUCGAUGCAGAAAAUCAGCCCAGUGCUUUCUAAUGCCAUGGAUGUUGGUUCCAGCCUCUCUGAUUCAGAGAAGAUUUUGAAUAAAUACCUAGAACUAGAUAUCCAAGUUAAGGAGAUAUCACAUGAAUUAGAAGCAGCUGCAAAAAUCAUGACAGAGAAAAAUGAAUUUGAACUUGAUGAAGUGGCAUCACUUUCUUCUAAAGUGAAAGGGCUAAGGAAAGAAUUAAAUAGACUUGGACAAAGCAUUGUCUUCAGAUUACGAGUCCUGUAUACUUUUGUGGCAUUUCUGAAGUCAUCAGAAGAGGUAGAAGUGCAUUUUCAGAGCCUAAAGGAGUUUUAUCAAACUGAAAUCCCUCGAAAGGAAAACGAUGAUACUAAAGAAGAAUACUUGGGGAAAGCCAAGUAUUCUUCUGACUCAGCUGAGAAGCAGUGGCAGCUAUUUGUCAAGAAGAGUUUUUUAACUCAAGACCUAGGGCUUGAGUUCAUUAAUUUAAUAAAUAUGGCAAAAGAGAACGAGAUAUUGCACGUGAAGAAUGCAGUGCACGUUACGGAGAACACCAUGGAAAACCAGAAGGCAGAAAGGGAAGAACUUAGCCUCCUUCGGAUGGCGUGGCAACUUCAAGAUGCUGAAAACAAGCCUGUGAAACAGCAGUGGGGCACAUUCAAAGAGCAACUUAAAAAGACUACUCACAACUUAAAACUUCUUCAGGAAGUCCUUAUGCCUGUGUCUGCACUUGACCUUGGAGGGAGUCUCCAGACCACGUUAGAUCUACAGAAAAAAUGGAAUGAAAUGAAGCCUGAAUUCCAGCUGCUGAAUGAUGAGGUUCAGUACAUUAUGAACAAAUCAGAAAAGUUAAGCGGCCAAGGAGCCCCUGUGAAAGAGAAGGCUCAACAGCUGAAGGACCUUAUUUACCUCCAUCAAAAACACAAAGAGAGAAUCGAAGAUUAUGAGGACAUCCUGUACAAAGUAGUCCAGUUCCACCAAGUCAAGGAAGAGCUAGAACAUCUCAUCAAGUCAAGAGAACUGGAGUUUCCGGAGCAGCCAAAGGAACUGGAUGAUGUUUGUGAUAUCCAGAUUCACCUCCGUCGCUCUCAGGAAAAGCAGGCACAUGUAGACCAUCUCUACAAACUGGCCCUUUCGCUGGGAGUGGACAUCAUCUCAUCAGUGCAGCGGCCUAGCUGCUCGAACGUUUCUGCAAAGAACCUACAGCAGCAGCUGGAGACGCUGGAGGGGGACGCCCUGACCUGGUGUGCCAAAGCCGGGGAGUAUGAACAGACCCUGUCCCACAGCUUGGAGUACUGCGCCACCAGAGACGAGAUAAAUGAGCUCAAAGAGUCAUUCAAAGAUAUCAAAAGGAAAUUCAACAAUUUGAAGUUUAAUUACACUAAGAAAAACGAAAAAGCUCGGAAUCUGAAGACUCUUAAAUAUCAAAUUCAACAAGUUGAUAUGUAUGCUGAAAAAAUGCAGGCUUUGAAAAGGAAAAUGGAAAACGUUGAUAAUAUAACUUCUGAUACUUUCAUAAAUUGUCCAAGUGGUAAAGUAAAUGUCCUUUUGGCAACCAUAAAGGAUUUGCAAUCACACAUAGAUGACUUUGACAAAGUUGUUACAGACUACAAGAAGAAUUUGGACUUGACUGAGCACCUCCAGGAGGUGAUAGAAGAGUGUCACUUUUGGUAUGAAGAUACAAGUGCCACAGUUGUAAGAGUUGGAAAAUAUUCCACGGAGUGCAAGACAAAGGAAGCUGUGAAAAUUCUCCACCAGCAGUUCAAUAAGUUUAUCACACCCUCAUUGCCUCAGCAAGAAGAAAGGAUUCAGGAGGCCACUGACCUUGCUCAGCGCUUAUAUGGUGUGGAAGAAGGGAAGAAAUACAUUGAGAAAAUUGUGGCAAAACACCAGGAGGUUCUUGAAUCUAUUACUGAAUUAUGUGAAUCUCUCACAGAGUUGGAAGCAAAACUGGAGCAGGGAGAUGAUUUAAAGAUGAAUCUGCACUUGGAAGACUCCUGUGACAAUUGUAUUGACCUACUAAAGGAAACAGCAAGACAUAAGCAGACGAUAUUCAGCGAUGAAAAGAAUAAGGGGCAGCUGCAGGUGGCAAACGUUUUGCCCAUCAAUGGAACAGGGGCAGAUGGGCUUUCCGGGGACCUGAAGCAGUUGUCCACUGCCAAAGAGGACAGCAUCCAGAGCCCUCUCCCACAGGAAGAUCUGCUGUCAGAAUAUGACUGUGUCUCACCUGAUGACAUCUCCUUGCCACCACUCCCAGGAAGCCCCGAGUCCCCCCUUACACCGUCUGACAUGGAGGUGGAGGAGCCUCCCAGCUCCUCCGUGAACCUUCACGUAAGCAGCCACCAGCGGCAGGCGGGAGCCAGCAGUGCAGAGGAGGUCCAGGAAUCCCUUCUCCCACCUCCUGUUGCUUUUACUGAUGCAUGCAAUGAAAAGAGAGAAAUAUUUUCAAGUCAUCUUGAGAGGCCUUACCCCCAACUCAAAGCUGAGCCCACAUUAACCUCUGGAGGAUUUCUGGAAAAGAGUACUGCCUUGCACAAAAGUAGUGCAAAACAUCCAGAGAGCAUGCGGAGUGAAGCGCAUGAGAGAGCUUUACAGCAGCACCCGCAGGCUCAGGGCCAUUUUCCGGAGACCCAGGAGAAAAUGCAUGCUGAGAAUAACAUCACUAAAACCCGAGCUAGGCUGCAUGCUUCCCCCAGUGCAUUCUCAGGCCUAAGGUUUCAACCAGGCACCAACCGGGGUUGUCAGAGGCAAACGGUUCCCCAAGAAGAGAUUAAAAGCACAUCAGCAAAGAACAGCGUGGUCAGCCUCGCUGACCAGGCACCUAAUUUCUCCAGACGCCUGUCUAAUGUCACUGUUACAGAAGGUUCUCCAGUGACUUUGGAAGUGGAAGUAACAGGAUUUCCAGAGCCUACACUGACAUGGUACAAGAAGGGCCGGAAAUUGUCCGCAGAUGGGCACUUACAGGUUGUACACCAGGAGACAAGGCAUUCGGUGUUCAUUACGAAGGUAUGCAAGGCAGACGCCGGCCUCUAUGUGGCUCGGGCUCAAAACGCUAGUGGCACUCUCUCUUCCAAUGCCAUCCUCCACGUGACAGGUAACCGCAGGCCGCCAAUCACAAGAGUAAACUGGAUAACGCUGUGUGUCAUCUAUGUUAGCGUGUCCCUAAUGUACUGGUUUCUCACCCAGUAACUGUGCUAUUAGCACCAAUGGAUACCUUUCUCGUGCACCUACAGAACAGUGCAGGAGUUAUUUUCUGCAUCUCCCGCAAAGCAUCCCCCAUCAAGUGUAUCUCCAGCCUGGCCUUCUUGCUGGUUUGGCUAAUACCAAAGCUGGGUGAAGUAAUAAAAUUUUCUUUAGCGUGUAACGUAGCUGAGGAACUUGGUAAAUUAUAUGCAGUGGAUUAGGUAGAAAGAGAUGUGUCCUAUAUGACAUACAGAAAAAUUAUACCAUGUUUAUUCCCUCCCACUCUAAGGGCACGUGGAUAAAGGCUGACAUCAGCUUAAAGAUGGGAGGCAAAUUUCAAAUCCAAUUGUUCGAUCAUUUAUUUUUACUUGUACACAGACUUCUCUUUGUAGGGAAUAACAGUAGAAACUUGAACUGACGUAUUGUUGCAUUAGCUGUUCUUUAAUUUCCUUUUUCAUGUCUUGAUCUCACUUUUCCUG